AUGGUCGAACGAUCAGGUCUCCUUUGGGACGACUCUAGCAUUUGCACUAGACCGCUCUGGGAGCACGAGCCCAAAAUUGAAGAUAUCAUCGAAGUCUUUCUGCGGCUAGGCUUCGCUGACAAACGGAAUCAGCUUCAUGUGUCAGUCCUCGGCCAGGGCGCAAUAAACAAGGCCUACCUUGUUCAAAUCCGAAAAGACGGAAAUAAAAGGGUUUUGGUGAUGCGAGUUUCGCUGCCCAUCGAUCCCGGCAACAAGAUACGCGGCGAAGUUACUACUCUCCAAUGGCUCCGGCGUUAUACCACCCUACCUGUUCCUGAGGUUAUUGACUAUAUGGCCUCACCUGACGACGAUAUUGGCUACGAAUGGCUCAUGAUGUCACACGUACCAGGGCAAACCGCUUUGGUCAAGUGGCGCAAGAUGUCCAUGGACCAAAAGAGACGUCUUGUUGAGCAAGUCGCAAGGUAUCAACAUGAACUAACAGCGCGAACAUUCGACGCCAUAGGUACUUUGCGUAAAGUGGAGGAUAGGUACGCUCCUGGGAAAAUUGUUGACAUGGAGUUUUGUUUCGGCGAUCAUUUCUCCUACAACAUCAACAGAGGCCCUUUUCAUUGCGCUCGCGACUGGUUCCAAGCGCUCUCCGAUAUUAUCGUCAUGGAUUUCCAGCAAGUUCUUGACGAAGAAGACCUAGACGAGUUCGACCUUAUCAUGACCAAGCACUAUCUCGAACUGUACUUUGGCACCGAUCUCUCGUUAUCCAACAUGAUCGUCAGCGAAGACGGUAAUAUCAACGGAAUCAUUGACUGGGAAUGUGUUUCAACGAUACCGAUUUGGGCUGCCACUGGUACACCAAGCUUUCUACGAAGCCAAGACCGCCAUGACAAGCCACGCCCAGAACGCUAUUAUCGCCGUGCUCCUACAGUAGAUAUAUAUGGGCGGGACGAUGAGGGACUGGAUAUUAAGUACUGGAGGGACUUGGAGGACUAUGAGUUCACGGUACUUCGGGCUCACUACGAUACUUGCAGACGUCAUCACAAUCCUAGGUGGAAAAAUGACUUGACAAAGGAUGAGAAACUCAAGUACGACUUUCUUGAUGGGAUCAAUCUGUGCAGAGCUCAAGACUUUGGCGGUGCAGUAGACGAUUGGAUUGAUGCGCUUGAGGAAGGCAAUAUCAUUGCGCUGGAGUAUAGUGACUAA